AUGGGCCUCUUCAAGACCGUCAUCUCCGCCAUUGCCGGCCUGUCGGCGCUCGCCGGCGUCAACGCCGCCUCCCUCCAGCAGGUCUCCAGCUUCGGCUCCAACCCCUCUGGUGCUCGCAUGUACAUCUACGUCCCCGACAAGGUAGCCUCCAACCCGGCCAUCGUCGUCGCCAUCCACUACUGCACCGGCACCGCCAGCGCCUACUACAACGGCACCCCCUACGCCCGCCUCGCCGACCAGCACGGCUUCAUCGUCAUCUACCCCGAGUCCCCUACGACGGCGGCUGCUGGGACCAACGCCAUCGCCAACAUGGUUACUUACACCCUCGGCCAGUACAACGGCGACAAGAGCCGCGUCUUCGUCACCGGUACCUCCUCCGGCGCCAUGAUGACUAACGUCCUCGCCGGCACCUACCCCGACAUGUUCGCCGCCGCCUCCGUCUACGCCGGUGUCCCCGCCGGCUGCUUCUACACCGGUACCGUCGCCGGCUGGAACAACACCUGCUCCUCCGGCCAGUCCAUCCACACCCAGGCCGAGUGGGCCAGCACCGCCCUCGCCAUGUACGCCGGCUACCCCGCCUCCUCCCCGCGCCCCAAGAUGCAAAUCUACCACGGCGACGCCGACACCGUCCUCUACCCCCAGAACUGGCAGGAGACCGUCAAGCAGUGGACCGGCGUCUUUGGCUACUCCACCAACGCCGUCACCACCGAGACCGGCCUCUUUGGCGGCGCCUGGACGAGGUACACCUACGGCCCCAAGGUCCAGGGCAUCCUCGGCGCCGGCGUCUCCCACAACCUCCCCAUCCAGGGCGACGAGGACAUGAAGUGGUUCGGCAUCGUCGGCGGCUCCACCACCACCUCCACCUCUAGCACCACCCUCGUCACUUCUACCAAGACUACUUCCACCUCCACCACCACCUCUAAGCCUCCCGCGACCACCACCACUGCCGCUGCCGGUGGCCAGACUAGGUGGGGCCAGUGCGCCGGUAUUGGCUGGACCGGCCCGACUUCCUGCCAAUCUCCUUACACCUGCACCUACUUCAACGACUGGUACUCCCAGUGCCUUUAA